AUGGUACACCUCAUGGUGAGAGAGAUUGGUGUCCUGCAGGAGCUGUUUGGCCCAGAAGCUAACCACUUCAUGAUUGUGCUGUUCACCCGUGGUGGUGAUCUUGGAGGCAUGACCAUACAGCAGUAUGUAAGCGAAGGUGAGCGAGGGCUUCGCCGCAUCAUCCAAAGCUGUGGAAACAGGUUUCACGUCUUUGACAACACCAGCAGUGACAAAAGGCAGGUGGUGGAGCUGGUGAAGAUGAUCGACAAAAUGGUGGCAGCAAAUAAGGGCACAUAUUACACAGAUGAGAUGUACAAAGAAGUGGAGGAAGCACGCCGUAAGGGAGUGACUUUGGCUCAGUAUAGAUUCACUCAGUCUCUUGUUAAACGUAUCAAAGUUUUUCGCAUCAUUCUUGGGAGAGAUUAACUUAA